GCCCCCGGACAAAACCAUGGCUAUAGCUGCAGUUACCGAGGCGGAAACCCGGCUGUGCGGCAACUGCAAAAAGGAUAUUCUUGUUGCUAAUUUCAUCAUGCAUGAAAUCCACUGUAGAAGAAAUAUUGAAGUAUGCCGCUACUGCAGUGAAUUAAUCCCAAAGUCUGAAAUGAAGAACCAUAUUGAGUCUGAACACGUGCAGGUUACCUGCAAGUGUAGGAUGAAGAUAGAAAAAUGUCUCUUGAAGGAUCAUGAGGCGUCAGCGUGCCCUCUGCGUCCUGCCCUCUGCCAGUACUGUGACAUACAGCUCGCUUUCAACAAGCUCCAGGACCAUGAGAUUUACUGCGGAGCUAGGACUGAGAGAUGUGGUGGGUGUGGUCGUAACAUCAUGGUGAAAGAUCUAAAAGAGCAUCCUCGAGUCUGUGGGCAAGAGGUGAAACGAGUAAAUGGAAGCAGAACAGUGCCUCGCUUUGAGGAUGAGAAUGCAGAUUUGCAAGCCCUCCGAGACAUUAGAAACCGACUAAGAUCAGGUAACUAUGCUGGGCCUUUGUGGGGAAUGCCCAGGGUGCUAGAAAAGCAGAUUUAUAGCAGCUCUGUAGGAGGCAAAACACUUAAGGACAUUAGCAGAAGAAAUGUUUCAGCAGCACAAAGAAAUCAAAAGGAUGAACUGGAGCAGCUGGAGAGAAAUGAAAACACUCGUUCUUCACUUUAUGAAGAGUGGAACGCCGAUUUAGACUACGUGUUGGCUCUUAGCCUACAAAAUGAGAAUAAUCCUCACAAUAAUACUGCAGCUGAAAUUCCCAGUGACUUCUGGGAAAACUGCUACGCCAAAGAGUCUGUGCCAUCGGCCUGCCUUAAUGAAACAGACAAGUCAAAUAUCUUCUCCUGUGACUCUUUAGUGCCUUUCAGCACUUCAAACCACAUAAAAAACGACGAGAUUAUCAUGUUGCCGUGUGAAUUUUGUGAGGAGCUCUACCCUGCUGAAGAUCUGAUUCUUCACCAGACAGGUUGUAACCCAGCAAGUGCCUUUGCCUCGUUCAGUAAAAGAAGUUCUUCUCCAAAUCCACGAGAAUAUGAUGGUCUGCGUGCCAUUGGGUCCAAAAGCCGUAGGGCUCUCUCUUCAUCCCAGCCCCAAGCUGCCCAGGCAGAAGGAAACAUUAUGAUUCCAUGUGAAUUUUGUGGCAUCCAACUAGAAGAGGAGACGCUCUUUCAUCAUCAGCACCAUUGUGAUCUGCGCCCAGCCAGCCCAGCAGCCAGCUUUCCACCCCAGCAGCUGCUGUCGCCUCAGGACAACAGAGAGAGAAGAGAAUCACCAGAGCGGGCUCGGAGACGAAUCAGGCAUCAAGGAGAUGUUUCUCCUCGGUGCAUAGAAGGCUUUGGGCAGCAGCGGCUCAGCUAUCCUGCACGAGGGACCAAGCCACUGAGUAACAUGGCAAACACCAGGAACCCACCGUUGUCCUCUUCAGCGAGAGCUAGCGCUGCUCCCGACUUAAGAGGGAAGCCCAGGAAGGCAGCUGGCAGUGAGGGAAGACCGAAGAACAGAGGUGCAAGUGAAUCUGCAGGCGGGACAACGCCACGUGCGAGACCUGCUCGAAACUUUCAUUCAGAAGCUUUCACAUCCAGCUUCUCGAGAACGUCUCCAACCCAACCAAGCCCCAGCAACGGAGGGGGAAGGAGCCUCGGGACGUCGGAUGGGCCAGUUGGCUGCAGGCGCAGGAACGCAAAGGCAAAAGCCCCGAGCCCAGCAUCUGGUCAUCCAGAGAAGUGAUCCACCGCUUACAAAAAACAGGUUUAGCACUCUACGCAUUAUUACUAC